AUGGCAACCUCAACUGCGCAGAGCAAUAGCCCGGACUUUGCUUCUACACUGCAGUUCUACUCUUCCUCGGCGGCGCCACCCGUUCUGUCCAAUCAGGAUAAAAUGGUCAAUUUGGGCAAACGGGCAGGUCAAAGCAUACAAACUAACGCGCCAGUCGUCCUUGGUGCGAUAUCAAGUGCAAUCGCUGGAGCUAUGAAUACCGUCAAGGAUGCAGCAUCAGGAGCUACUGGAGCAUCGACGUCUACUAAGACAGAUGGCUUGGACACGUUCGAUUUGGAGUUGGGAAAAGUGAAGAGUAGUGGACAACCCUCUUCGCAGAGUUCGACUGCCCCUAACGCAUCAGCUGAGGAGAAUGUCGGCCUCUUCUCACAGUGGACUAACUCAGCAAUGCAGUCUGGUUCGCAAGCCUUCCAAGGGAUGAAGCAACAGGCUACGGGUAUCGCAUCGACUCGUGACAUGAUAGGGAAGUUCAUCAUGUUGUUCGCUGCGGGCUGCAUAUGCAUGAUGUUGGCUCUGACGUUCCUACCAAUGGUCGUCAUCGCGCCACAGAAGUUCGCUCUUAUGUUCACUGUGGGUAGCUGCCUGAUUUUGGCAAGCUUUUCGGUGCUGAAGGGGCAUGCGGCUUUCAUAGCUCACAUUAUGUCACCGGAGAAGCGCGUUUUCACGGCGGGUUAUGUGGCUUCCCUGGUGGCGACGCUAUAUGGUGCUCUAGUGAGCAAGUCGUACAUCCUCACGGUUGUUUUUUCCCUCGUUCAAGUGGUCGCUCUUGCAUACUUCCUCGUCAGCUAUAUACCCGGAGGCACGCGGGCUCUCACGAUGAUAGGAGGUGCUGCGAUGUCAACAGUGAAGAAUCUAUUCUCUACGGGCGGCGGUUCGGCGUCGUCGAGCUCACAAUCGAGCGGUCUACCGCUUUGA